UGUUCUUGGAAUCUUCAGAAGAUAUCAAAAAGAAACUUGACCAGUAUUAUAUGGUGAUGAUCCUCCGUACUUUGCAUCCAGAUUUGAAUCACAUCAGAGAUCAACUUCUGACAAGUCAUGAAGUCCCUUCCUUGGAAGCUUUGACCACACGUCUUCUUCGUGUUCCUGUGUCUCAGUCUCAAGAAGCUCAUGAAACAAUAGAACCAUCUGUCAUGGUUGCCACGCGAGGAAGAGGAGGACGUGGAACUAGAGGAGGAGGUCGUGGAGGACGUGGAGGUCGAGGACGUCAAUGCUCUUACUGUAACAGGAUGGGUCACACCCGAGAAAACUGCUACUCCUUGCAUGGUUUUCCUUCAAAAAGCGCUAAUAUCUCUCAGGUUGAAACUUCCACUUCCAACUCCAAGUUUACCGAGGAAGAGUAUCAAGAGUAUCUACGCUUAAAGUCUAACAGCUUGGCACAAUCAUCUCAGUCCUCAAGUACGUCCACAGCUUGCAUUUCUCAAUCCAUGGCAGGUCCAAAUUCAUGGGUAAUUGAUUCGGGUGCUUCUGAUCACAUUUCUGGAGCGUGGCUCGGGGAGACAGAUUGGAGAAGGAUAUGAAGCUGGAGGUUUAUACCAUUUUGGAUUUCGUCCACGGGUAUCUUGUGUUGCCGCUCUUUCUCCUAAAGUGUUACAUGAUCGGUUUGGCCAUCCUAACUUGUCAAAAUUAAAAAAGAUGUGUCCUGAACUUAGUGGUCUUCAGACUUUAGAAUGUGAGUCUUGUCAACUAGGAAAACAUGUUAGAUCUGUCUUCCCUAAAAGAUCUCAAUCAAUGUGUACUUCUAGUUUUUCUAUUAUUCAUUCUGAUGUUUGGGGACCUAGUCGCGUCUCUAGAUGAGUUUAUCUGAUGAAAGAUCGCUCUGAAUUGUUACCCAUUUUCACAUCCUUUUUGAAUGAAAUCAAAAACCAAUUUGGCCAAGUUAUUAAAGUCUUAAGAAGUGAUAAUGCUAAAGAGUAUUUCUCAUCAACUUUUUCUUCACUUCUUAGCUCCCAUGGUAUUUUGCAUCAGUCCACUUGUCCUCAUACACCCCAGCAAAA